AUGGCAGACGCGGUCGCCGCGACCAAGCCGCGCAACAACUGGACCAGGGAGGAGAUUGCCGCCAUUUACUACCAGCCUUUGCUGGAGCUGACUUACCAAUCGGGAUCGCUGCAUCGCCGCUUUCACGCCCCUGGCGAGGUCCAGCUAUGCACUCUGAUGAACAUCAAGACGGGCGGCUGCUCCGAGGACUGCUCCUACUGCGCCCAGUCGUCGCGCUACUCAAAGGACACGGGCCUCGCGGCCAAGAAGAUGGAAUCGGUCGAGUCCGUGCUGGAAGCGGCCCGCCAGGCCCGUGACAACGGCAGCACGCGCUUCUGCAUGGGAGCCGCAUGGCGUGACAUGCGCGGCCGCAAGUCAGGUCUGAAGAACGUCGUCGAGAUGGUCAAGGGCGUCAAGGCCCUCGGCAUGGAGGCAUGUGUCACGCUGGGCAUGAUUGAUGCCGAACAGGCUCGUCAGCUCAAGGACGCUGGACUGACGGCGUACAACCACAACGUCGACACCAGCCGUGAGUUCUACCCGUCCGUCAUCUCCACCCGGUCGUACGACGAGCGCCUGACCACGCUGGGACACGUCCGCGAUGCCGGCAUCAACGUCUGCUCUGGUGGUAUCCUCGGUCUGGGCGAGUCAUCCGAGGAUCGUGUUGGUCUGCUGCACACUGUGUCUACGCUUCCGAAACACCCCGAGAGUUUCCCCGUCAACGCCCUGGUGCCCAUCAAGGGAACACCUCUGGGCGACCGCGAGCCCAUCGCCUUCACAAGCAUGCUGCGCACCAUCGCUACAGCCCGUCUGCUGAUGCCUGCCACCAUCAUCCGCAUUGCCGCUGGCCGCAAGACCAUGUCGGAGGAGAAGCAGGCGCUGUGCUUCAUGGCUGGUGCCAAUGCCAUCUUCACUGGUGAGAAGAUGUUGACGACGGAGUGCAAUGGCUGGGACGAGGACAGCGCCAUGUUUGGCCGAUGGGGACUAGAGCCCAUGAAGAGCUUCGACAAGAAGCCAGUGGAGGCCUAA